UAGAGCGCAACAGGAAAGAGACCCAUGGCAUUUCACAUCAGUUUAAAAUAUCUAAAACAUACUGAGAAAGCACAAAGGAACAAACAUUUCUCUGACCUCUCACAAUGCAGCUGCCAGGCCUUAUUGGUUUCAUUUCUGUACUGAUUCUGGCUUGUAAUUCAGAUGAUAAAAGCUGGAAAAUAAAUGUCAACAAAAACAUCACUGCACAUCCUGGAUCUAACAUAACCAUACAAUGCAACUUUAGCUAUCCACAAAAAUACAAAACAGACAACGUUACAGUUUACUGGAAAAACUUAAAAGUAAAGGACAUAAGUAACUGCAGUAAAAAUGAAAAGGACAAGAAUGCAUUCGUUUAUCACCCAAAUGAAAUAUGUGUGAUUAACAACUAUAUACAAAAGACCAAACUCAUUGGAGACAAGGACAAAGGCGACUGCUCUCUCCAGAUCACCAAUAUCGUAAUGGGUGAACAAAAACUCUAUGUGAGAAUUCAUGUGAAAGAGCAAAAUUACAGUUACACCAACGACUAUGUCACAAUUUCUCAAAGAGGAAAAGCUGCUGAAUCAGACAAGUUUAAGCCAGUUGGAACAGAUUAUAUGAAUCCUACCUUUUCACCCACUGAAACCACAAUAACAAAUGAAGAGGGCCAUUCCACAGACAUUGCAAAAACAUUGUAUGUGGCCAUCCCUGUAGCUGUUGCCGCAGUGAUCAUUCUUCUUGUUGCUGGAAUUUUUUUUUUCCAAAAACACAAAAGGUCACACAGUGUCACCAGGGAGGACUCUGGAUACUAUGCAAACUUUAGCCGUGCAAUAUCAAACCCACCCAAAAGAGAGGCAUGUGUUAGCACACAAGUUAAGAAGCUGCCUGAAGGGAAAGCCAUCGAUGAUCCUGUUUACAUCAAUGUCAAGGCCCCACCAGGUCACAUGGAUCAAAAUAUGGAUUGUGUGGACAAUAUAUAUGCAAAUAUGGAUUAUAGAAAUUAGGAGAAAAACUGCACAUCAGUAGUGCACCUUAUUUUCUAUACAUGUUCAUGUGUAUGCUUUAAUAUAUGCCUGAGUAUGUUUCAGUCAGGUGUGUUUUUUGGAGUGUUCACAUAUACCCCAAAAAAUCCUGACUCAUCUCUGAGUUCAGUUGAAGGAGGAAAGCGUGAAAAAGCACAACAUUGCAAAACAAUGGUAUUUCCCUAUUUACUAGCAUGUGGUUGCAGACAUUUAGAUAGGUCAGACAAGAAUGUUGCUUCAAAACAUUAAUUUACCUGACGAUGUUACAAUAUAAAAUCAUAUGGUGAGUUCAGUGUAAGCAAUAUGGAACAAAAUGCACAGUCACUUAGUCAAACCCAUUUUUCUGUUUCUUAGCAAGGGUUCCAAUUAUGCUACAAAAGCGAUCUCUUCAAAGGCAAUAUGGAUAACUGAACUAAAUAAAUAACUUAGGCAUAAUACUGACUAAAUGUAUCCUUUAAGACUUGUCUGUUUAGUAUUAGAAAUGUGUCCAUGUUAGACGAUUGCACAUCUUAAAAUUAUCACAAGUCUUCAGUGAUAAUGGGGGAAGUACCAUGCUACUGUCCCCUCACUGAUAAAACAAAUGUUGGCUUUAUAAUUAAUUAUAUUCUUUCCCUAACUUUAGCUGAGUUGGUUUGUUAGGUGAUGUGUUUUCCUACUGUGGUUAUAUUGUGGAAUGGGAGAAUACAAAACUAUUAGGAUUGAAGAUUUUUUAUGCUUCGGGGUUUUAAAGAAAUUUCCAGUUGCAAUGUUCUUUCCUAGUUUGCCUAAUACAGGUAAUGUGAUCUGGUGAGCAUGAAACCGAGCAUCAGUUUUGCAACUUUGCUGCAACAUCUCUUGACUGGAGUUCUGUUUUCUCUGUAAUUUACCCUCAUCAACUAAACGUGUGAAAAUACAGAAGUGAGGGGUGAAACUUUUUUUCUUUUCAAUAUAUUCGUCAACGUGUCUCCUGUGUCAUGCUUGCUGGAACUUAAAAAGUAAAAAAAAAAAAAUAAAUGGAUGCACUGCAAAGAGAAAGAGAAGUGGAUAAAUGUAUAAAUGUUAUUUGAAAUUGAAAUUUAAUUUAGUGAAGCUGUAAAUGCUGCAAUUUCUUUUUGUUUUCUGCUGGAACUUUGAUGGGCAAUAUUUUUUAGAGAAGCAGAAACCCUGGAACUUUGCUUUGCUGAAGGAGCACCAUGAAAACUCUGUUAUGCACGUGCAAUGGCUAUUUAGACAACAUAAAGAAAAUGCAAGCAUGUCAGAGUUUUCAUUAUUUUAGUAUUACUGAAAAUACUGUUAAAUAUUUAUUGACUACACACAUUUAAUUGCAUCGAUGUGCAGACUGUGACUUCUGAUUGUUCUUGGGUUCAGAACAAAUUUACUUCAAAAACACCUGUCCUUGUAUCCACCUGUGUCCUUGU